GAAGAAGAGGCCUCCGAGGUACCAGAGCAGCUGCUGCCCCCUCGGGGCUCCGCGCAGCCUCUUGGACUCUGAGCGUCUUUCGUGGGGGGCUGCUCUGAAUCGCCUCCAAGGUGCAACUUUCCUGCCCACUCAGACACACACGGAGAGAGAGAGAGAGAGAGAGAGAGAGAGAGAGAGAGAGAGAGAGAGAGAGAGAGAGAGAGAUUCUCCUGAAUCUCACAGGAGUGGCAAGACGGAAGGAAGGAGGCAGAGGAGAGCUGGGCUUGGGGGUGUCCCGUCUCCACCGCUUUGCGCUUCGCACCUUUGCACCGCAGGGAUGCAUUGGAAGUCGGGCAACAUCAAAGAGGAGCGCUACUACCUGCAGGACCGCUCCGAUGGGCUGAACGGGAGCUCCACCGGAGGCCGCCUCUCGCAGCUGUCGUCGCUCAACCAGGCGGCGGCGUACUCGUCGGCUCCCCCUCUGUGCCACACACCGGCCUCGGACUUCCAGCCGCCUUACUUCCCGCCGCCUUACCCGCAGCCGCCGCUGCCCUACUCACAGAGCCAGGAGACCGGCUACCCGCACCUGGGCGACCCCUACACCGCCAUCAACCCCAUCCACCAGCACCAGCAGAGCAGCUGGCACUCCCAGCGGGCGCGCCAAGAGGAAGCGGCCGCCGGCCUCCUCUCGCAGACGCACCGCGCGCUCGGCCUGGACCCGCGCAGGGACUACCCCGGCGUGCCGCGCUUGCUCCACGGCCUGGCCGACGGGGCGCACGCUCUGAGCGACGGGCCGCUGGGACUGCACGCCCUGGGCCACCACAGCAUCGAGGACAUCCAGGCUGUGGAUGAAACUGGCAUGAAUCUCUUGGACCAGUCUGUGAUCAAGAAAGUGCCCAUCCCGUCGAAAGCCAACGGCACUACCAUCUCCGCCCUUUCUAUGAACAAAGACACCCUGAUUGGAGGGGUGACAAACCCCAAUGAAGUCUUCUGCUCUGUGCCUGGCCGACUGUCUCUCCUCAGCUCCACCUCAAAGUACAAAGUGACCGUUGGUGAGGUCCAGAGGCGGCUCUCGCCCCCUGAAUGUCUCAACGCUUCUCUUCUUGGUGGAGUCCUUCGGAGGGCAAAAUCUAAAAAUGGUGGAAGGUGUUUAAGGGAAAGGUUGGAGAAGAUAGGUUUAAAUCUACCUGCUGGGAGGCGUAAAGCAGCUAAUGUCACCUUGCUAACGUCACUGGUGGAAGGUGAGGCUGUUCACCUCGCCCGAGAUUUCGGUUAUGUGUGCGAAACAGAGUUUCCGGCUAAGGCUGCAGCGGAGUACCUCUGCCGCCAGCACUCCGACCCUGGUGAGCUUCAUGCUCGGAAGAACAUGCUAUUAGCAACCAAGCAAAUCUGCAAAGAGUUUGCCGAUUUGAUGGCCCAAGAUCGCUCUCCACUUGGAAACAGCCGCCCAUCCCUCAUUCUGGAACCCGGAGUUCAGAGUUGCUUGACCCACUUCAGCUUAAUAACUCAUGGUUUUGGGGGGCCGGCAAUCUGUGCGGCACUUACAGCGUUCCAAAACUACUUGGUGGAGUCGCUCAAAGGGCUCGAUAAAAUGUUCAUGAACAGCACAGGCAACGGCCACCCGGUCGGCGACUCCAAAACAUCAGAAAAGGAAGUGAAACAUCGGAAAUGACGCCACAGUUCCCCAGCCUGCCCAGUAAGAGGGUUUUUCCCCUUUCCCAGUUCAUGAGAUAGGAGGCUUGGGUCUUAUCAACGCUGGGAAAAGAAAAGCAGCAACAGCGAAGACCCCCCCCCCUUUCCUCUUGCCAUGUUUUCUGAACUGUGACAGAUGCAUCUCUGAAACCAACUCAACAAAAAGAGACUGGAGGAGGAGGAACAUCCACAUGGGCCUCACAGAGAUGGAAGUAAAAUCAAGAGCAGUUGGUGGUUGCUGUUGACACUUUGGGUAUUCAGUAGUGGAUACCAAAAGCCAGGUUACAUGUGCAAUUACUUUUUCUU